AUGCCAUCACCGUCACCAUCUCCAUCAUCAUCCCCAUCAUCCCCAUCAUCCCAUCAUCAUCAUCAUCAUCGAUCAUCUCCAUCAUCUCCAUCAUCCCCAUCAUCCCCAUCAUCUCCAUCACCCCCAUCACCCCCUUCAUCCCCAUCACCCCCAUCACCCCCAUCAUCCCAUCAUCAUCUCCAUCAUCUCCAUCCCCAUCAUCCCCAUCAUCUCCAUCAUCUCCAUCAUCCCCAUCAUCCCCAUCACCCCCUUCAUUUCCAUCAUCUCCAUCAUCCCCAUCAUCCCCAUCACCCCUUCAUCAUCAUCCCCAUCAUCCCCAUCACCUCCAUCAUCCCCAUCACCCCCUUCAUCCCCAUCACCCCCAUCCCCAUCAUCCCCAUCAUAUCCAUCAUCCCCAUCAUCUCCAUCAUCUCCAUCACCCUCUCAUCAUCCUCAUCAUCCCCCAUCAUCUCCAUCAUCCCCAUCAUCCCCCAUCAUCCCCAUCAUCAUCUCCAUCAGCUCCAUCAUCUCCAUCAUCCCCAUCACCCCAUCAUCCCCAUCAUCUCCAUCAUCUCCAUCAUCCCAUCAUCCCCAUCAUCCUCAUCAUCCCACAUCCCACAUCUCCAUCAUCCCCAUCAUCCCAUCAUCCAUCAUCCCCAUCACCCCAUCCCCAUCAUCCACAUCACCCCCAUCAUUCCUACACCCCCAUUAUCCCAUCAUCCCCAUCAUCUCCAUCAUCUCCAUCAUCCCCAUCAUCCCCAUCAUCCCAUUUAG